AUGGUGCGCUCGGACGGCGCCACGUACCUCUUGGCGACCGCGGUUGCCCUCGCCGAUCUUUUGCAGAUUCGCGUCUGCCUCGACGCCCUCCUCUCUAUCUACAUGACCUGCUUGUACCACCGAGAAGCGCUCGUGCAUGUCUGCCCAUCGUGUGUCUCUGCCAGCGACGCCUUCUUAUCGAGCAACUACCUCGCCAGCAUCGUCUCGGCGCCGGGCUACGCCAUGUCGCUCUGGACGUACCAUGCGAACGACGACACGCCCCUCGUCCUCCUGCUCACCGAACUCAUGUGGUUUCUCACGGCCGUGCUCCUCGUUAUCGUCUACAUGAUUUGUGUCAAGAUGUGGAGCUCGCGGUCGACUCGGCGCGUGCACGCAGAGGUUUUAGGGGUCGUCGCGGUCGCACCACACCGGCGGCCCGCGCUGAAGGACGCGACGCCUCUCGGGCCCCGCAUUCGCAGCUGGCGGCGACGCACGCUGACCGAGAACUUUGAGCAGUCGGACGUCCAGCUGCUCGCGUUGACGUACGGUAUCAUCGCGCCCUUCCACGACGACCCGACCCACGACGGGUUUCUGUCCCCAUCGGGCGUCUGGCUCCUCGGGUACUUCAUGCUCUGCGACCAGUACCUCGUGGGCAUUAGCGACUACCCGUGGCUCUGGCUCAACGUGCUCUGCCGACGCAACGUCGGGCGCGUCUACUGCUUCCGCAUCCAUCGCGACGGCCACACAAGCGCCAAUCUCGAGAUGCUGCAUUUCCACGCCGUCGACGCCAGCGAUCUCAUUGCGCGUCUCUCGCUGCGGCACUUGCAUUGA